CUCGCAAAAAGAACAACAAUAUGAAUAUCCACACCUGGGUGAGAGUGUUACUGAAGUGACAAGUUUCCGAAUUUCGAUCUCGUUCAUCAAUGGAUUCCCUCUCCCAAAAACCUAAACCCAGAAACUCUCUCUACCCAGAAGUAAUCGAUUCCAACCCCGAAGCCAAUUCGUCCUUCCAAAAACCUAAUUAUCAACAGCAGAGUUCUCUCUACCCUUCCCUUGACGUUGAUGACCUCAGCGACCUUGUCCAAACCCUAUUUCCCCGAAAUGACACCGGAAGCAGCGAUGGCAGUGUUCAUUCGCCGUCUGCUCCACCGGCCGCUACCGAGGAGGUCCUCAUCAGGAUCCCCGGCGCCAUCCUCAACCUCAUCGACACCCACUACAGCGUCGAGCUCGCUUCCGGCGACUUCUCCAUCAUCCGCCUCCGGCAGGGUGACAGCGCCGUCGCCGUUUACGCCCGCGUUGCCGACGAGAUCCAAUGGCCCCGCCAAGGGCAAGAGGGAUUGUUGAGGGAGCUGGACGCGGUUUUGCAGAGCUGUAGCAAUUUCUCGGUGCAGAAGGUUUCUGAGAGUUCGAAGAAAAAAGGGGAGGUUCUAGAUGGUUCAUUGGCGAAGGAGACUUCGCCAAAGGAUUUAGAUUCGGCCAAGAAGAAGGAGAUGUUGGAGGAGCGAAGCGCUGCGUAUUGGACCACGCUGGCCCCAAAUGUGGAGGAUUAUAGUGGAACCGCGGCGAGGAUGAUUGCGGCGGGUUCCGGGCACGUGAUCAAGGGGAUUCUUUGGUGUGGGGAUGUGACUGUGGAGAGGUUGAAAUGGGGGAACGAGGUUAUGAAGAAGAGGAUGAGCCCUCGCUCGCAGGCUCAAGUUAGCCCUGAAACCAUGAAGCGGAUUAGAAGGGUUAAGAGAGUGAGUAAAAUGACAGAGAAGGUGGCAAAUGGGUUCCUGUCCGGUGUCCUGAAAGUCUCUGGAUUCUUCGCCAGUUCAUUGGCAAACUCAAAAGCAGGAAAGAAGUUCUUCAGCAUGCUCCCAGGGGAAGUUGUGCUUGCAUCAUUGGAUGGAUUCAAUAAAGUGUGUGAUGCUGUCGAAGUAGCUGGAAGAAAUGUAAUGUCAACAUCAUCCGAUGUAACAACUGAGCUUGUCAAUCAUAGAUAUGGAGAUCAGGCUGCUGAGGCGACAAAGGAAGGGCUUGGUGCUGCUGGUCAUGCUUUGAGUGCUGCUUGGGCUGCUGUCAAGAUUAGGAAAGCUCUUAACCCUAAGAGUGCUCUUAAACCUACCUCCCUCGCCAAAACUGGUCUUAAAGCUGCAGCUGAGGAAUUUAAGGCCAAAAGUUCCAAGUAAUUAUGCGAAGAUUAGUUGAAUUUAAUUUUAUGUAAAGCUUAUGUCAGCUUUCCAUUACCUACUUUUUUCUCGGAGAGAACAUGAGAAGUUGAGAACAUAAACAUAUCAUUUGUUGCUUUUAGUGUAUUCAUGUACAUGUGUAAAGUGUGGCUAUUGUAUUUAUUUCUCUUGUGGCAUGAAAAAAAAUUCACUAAUGUUUAGGGAUGAAUGUUAGAAAUUUUAAUGAAGUUUACAUUUGAUUCUGA